GAGGAAGGCUGCGGCGGCGGCGGCGGCGGUGGCGGCGGCGGCGGCGGCGGCGGCGGCGGCGGCGCCAUGGCAGGGCUCGCAGGAUCCCUGCUGCCUUGGUGAUCCCGGGCUGACAGCCAGAGAGCACAGCGGCUCAGCUCCUGGAGAGAGGGUUGAAGAAAGCGGAGGGCAGCCACCUGCGCCCGCUGGCUCCCAUUAGGUCGGUUCCUGCAGCGGUGCCCGGCAGCCUUGGCGAAGGCCCUGCCCGGCAGAGAUCAUGUAUUGCCUCCAGUGGCUGCUGCCCGUCCUCCUCAUCCCCAAGCCCCUCAACCCCGCCCUGUGGUUCAGCCACUCCAUGUUCAUGGGCUUCUACCUGCUCAGCUUCCUCCUGGAGCGGAAACCUUGCACAAUUUGUGCCUUGGUUUUCCUGGCAGCUCUGUUCCUCAUCUGCUAUAGCUGCUGGGGAAACUGUUUCCUGUACCACUGCUCUGAUUCCCCGCUUCCAGAAUCAGCACACGACCCUGGUGUUGUGGGCACCUAACAGCUGCCCUGUUAGCUUUCCAAGGAAGCAGAAGACGGGAGGGGAGGCAUUGACAUAGGUCAUAAAGCAUUGGAGUUUCAAAUCCCGCAGCCCCGGCGGGUGCCACAUUCCUGACGGCGCCUUUUUGGCCUGUGAUGUUUUAUCCUUAUAAUGUGAAUAAUGGCACUGACCUGUGCUUUUAUUGUAGAGUCCUAUAGUCGUGGGUGGUCUUGUGAUUGUGUGUGUGUUCUGUCCCCAUCUGGGUCCUGGCUGGCAGGAUGGCCACCCCCCUCGCCUCAUUCCAGCGAGGAGUCUAUACCCAUCCUAGUCAACUGCCCUGGGCAGAUAAAAUGCCAGUCUCAUUGUCACCACUGUGACCCCUUCUGUCAGGGUCUCCCUCCUUCCCAAAAUGUUACUGACUCCUCAGUCCUUCUCCUGGUCUCCCUUUAGUUCUCUUCUGCCCUUUUCCUUUUUUGGGGAGCACCUGUCCAAGACAGGGCUCAUUUUUGCACUUAUCUCGAAUUUGAAGAGAUUGCUGAUGCCCGAGAGCCUCGCUUUUUCAUCCUCCUUUCCCUUUUCAGCAGGCUAGACAGAAACAUGUCUUGACUGUGUAUUGUCCACGACCUCCGGUGUUUCCUCUGCUUCAUUUGUAAGAGAGAAGCAACAGCUAGACGUUGCUCUUUCACCUGAGGGUCUGGGCUCCCGCUCCCCAGCCCAGCCUCGCUUCCUUUGCCCUUCCUCCUGCUUUUCUCAGCAUCCCGAGAGGGGGCCUCCUUGUGUCUCCUGUGCAUGCUCUGCAGGAUGGAGGUACGGUGUGUUUGAGUAGAGCUAGCAGUCCCCUGCUGAGUGAAUGGGAAUAUUCUUGUGUGUUUCAUAGCAGCCAUGAUCCCCUUGAUAGGUGUUUGGAUAUUUUUCAGUGUGCCCUGUGUGUGUGUGUGUGUGUGUGUGUGUGUGUGUACAAAUACAUGUGUGUAUUCCUUUUAAAGAAGCUUUACCGAACGUGUUCUGAUUUUGAGGUUUAGCAGUAGCUAGCUGUAUGUAGUAGGUACCGCUGCAGUUUUUAUUUAGCAUGGGGAUUGCAGAGUGACCAGCACACUGGACUCCAAGGUGGUUCAGACAAGACACAGGGGAGCAGUGGCCAUCGUCCUCCCGCCAGGGGCUUCUUCGUUCCUGCGCUUGUAGACUGUACAUUAUGAAGAACACACAGGAAGACUUUGUGACUGUCACUUGCUUUUUUCUUUCUCUACGCUUCAGUAACAAGUGUUGGCAAAUGAGACUUUCUCCUGGCCCCUGCCCACUGGCGAUCAGCAUGGUUGUCCUUCCAGUCGGAACCAUCCCUCUCUCUCGCCUGAGGAGGGAGGAAAGCGGGCCAGGCAGAGGACAGAACUGGAGGCAGUCCAUCUAGGGAAUGGGACUGUGAGACCACGCUUGUGAAACAUUUGGACUGCUGUUCUAGAGCUUUUAUUUCUGGUGUGUUCGUUGCACAGCUGUUUGAAAUGUUUAAUAAAGCUUUAUAAACUUUA